GCGGCGGCACCGCGGCGGCCGCCGGCAGUAUCCGUCCAGCAUCCAGCGGUGGAUGAGGAGCCCACAGGGAGGGGUCCUUUGAUUCCAGGGCUGCCUCCUCCUGGAUGGAGCCCGGCUGUGUGCAGGCGGCUGCGAUGGCUACCGGAGACGGCUCGAAAAAAACGUGCGCUCGGAACGCGGCGGCGGAGCGCAAAAAUCUCAUCACCGUCUGCAGGUUUUCGGUAAAGACACUGUUGGAGAAAUACACGGCCGAGCCCAUUGAUGAUUCAUCUGAAGAGUUCAUCAAUUUCUCAGCCAUCCUUGAACACAUCCUCAGUCACCGUUUUAAAGGUUCCAGCAGCUGGUUUGACAGCCAGCGGAGCUACUGGGACUUCAUCCGACUGGCUUGUGCCAAAGUCCCAAACAGCUGCAUCAGCAGCAUCGAGAGCAUGGAAAACAUCAGCACUUCGCGAGCCAAGGGCCGUGCAUGGAUGCGAGUUGCCCUGAUGGAGAAGAGACUGUCGGAAUACAUCGGCACAGCACUGAGGGACAGCAGAACAACCAGGAGGUUCUAUUCAGAAGGCGCCAUCAUGUUAAGAGAGGAGGCCACCGUCCUAACAGGGAUGCUUAUUGGGCUUGGAGCGAUAGACUUCAGUUUCUGUCUGAAGGGGGAGGCCUUGGAUGGUAAAUCUUCUGCUGUGAUUGACUACACGCCAUACUUGAAAUUCACACAAAGCUACGAUUAUCUGAGUGAUGAUGACGAUCCGCAGAGCGUUGACAGCAGCACGAGCGAUGACAGCAUCCCUGAACACCCCUACGUCCCCCUGGUGACCGACGAGGAGAGCUGGAGCACCAAGUGUCGCAAGAUGGAGCAAAGAUUCAAGAUUGUCUACGCUCAGAAGGGUUACCUGGAGGAGCUGGUGCGCCUGCGUGAGUCCCAGCUGAAGAACACAGAGGCAGAAAACAAGAGGUUAAAGACCCGGCUUGAGGAGCUAGAGAGCCAGAGCCAACACGAGAAGAGGGAGCUGGAGGCCAUUGUCUUGGAGCUCCAGGAGCAGCUGACACGUUUGAUUCCGUGUGACUCCAACCACCUCGCCAAAAACCUUUCGAUCCCUUUAGUCAACCAGUGGCCCACACUGCAGCCAUUCAACAACCAACAGGAUGCCAAGCUCUUCCGCAGGAGGAGUUUCCCCAGCACGGAACUGCUGUGUUUGGAGGUCAGCCUGGAUUCAGGCUCACAGAGAUCUGGGGGAAAGCAGAACGGAGGCGCUUGGUGCACAGAUAAGGACUACACCCCUUCUAUGAUGGGCCUCUGCGGCUCCUUAGCCUCCAUUCCAAGCUGCAAGUCUCUGACGAGCCUCAAGUCCAGCGAGUGCCUGGUCAACAUCAGCACAGAGAACAGCCCUCCUCUGUCACCCAGCUAGGGGGCGCCAAAGAUAACACAGCAAAUCACUUACAGACCCUGAGACAAUUCUACAUUUUUCAAAAGAAACGGAAAGACUACUUUUUGGUAGGCAGGCAGACACUCUCUUAGUUGAGUACCUGCGAGCCCAGUGGUCUCGCAAAACACUUUUUUUUAAAGUAUUGACGGAGGAGUAGCCCCGAUCUGUGGGGGACUGUCCAACAAAGAUGCAAGAUAGCUGCUGUACUGCCCUACAGCCUCCUUCACUUUCACUGUCCUGUCAUAAAAGCAGUUCUUUUAAUUGAUCUCGCUUAUUUCAUAAGGGUUGAUUUGUGCCAUUAUAGCAUGCACUGUUCAUGUUCAUAAAAACUGUCCUGUGUGUGCAUUCGUCUGUCUUACGAUUCUGUUGUAGUGAACAGAAACAAUGUCUUGCCACAAUAUAUGAUGCUAUGAUUAAUGGACGGGGACAAACGUGGUCAGGUGGGAUUGUUUAAAUUAGCUUUAUGAUGUUUGGGUGACUGAGGCUUUAGGCUGUAGUUUGAAUAUCCUGUCAGGCUGCCAAGGUCUGCAGAGCCGCUGCAGCACAAACAUGCAAAAAUAUCUAUUGCAUACAAAUGCAAAGUGCAUUGUGACUAUGCAGACUGAAUGUUGUUGUUGGCUUUUUUUUUUUCUACAAAUCUGGCUUGACAGCAUUAUAUGUGCAGGAGAGAAAUAAUGAAUGUGUGCUUGUGUAUCUUUUAAUUAUUUUGGCCCCUGUGACUCAUUCUUUGAUACCUUUCUUUAUGGCAUAACAACUGUACUUGUUUUGGUUGUCCUAAUGUAAACUGCAUUGUCACGAAAUGCUGGUGAGAGUUAGGAUAUAUUCUUUGAUUUAAAACUGCAAUAAAACUGCCUUUUUCUUAUUUUAGCUGC